CCCACCUUUAUGCACCUGUCAAUAUUUCUCUUCUGAUUGGAUUCCAAACUCACUGUCAUUUUAUUAGAUAAUACGUUUAUUUCUUUUGCUGUUAAGAGUGCUUUCCAUGCAGACUGCUAGGGAGGAGCAGCUCGAGGGGAUAUAAAAGCAGCCAAGCAACUAAGAAUAGGUCUGUUUACCUUUCGUGCAAUGCCGUGGACAGGAACAUACUGAUAAAAGCAGAGUGAAGCACGUUGCAAAACCUACAUCUACCUCUUCAGAGAUGGAUGUGGGUAUAUUGGAGAUCCCGGCAGAACUGUCAGCCAGAUUACGCAGUGCAACAGGGCGGCCUCAAGGAUCAGGGGUUACAGAAGUAGCUCUGCCACAAGUCAAAGCAGAACACAACCUGUCACUCCCCCUAAAUAUUGACAGCCAUCCUUUCUCUCAGUAUGCCAACACAGUCUUAAAGGAUGGAUGGUGCCAACCGCAGGGAUACCCGCUACAGAAGCCCCUGACUUCUCUUGACCCUGAGGAUGCCCGUACUGCUCUAGAAAUCUACAAAUUGAUCAUGCGUUUCACUGGAGACUCAGAUCUGACAGGAUGGCAAGAGCAGAUGUUGGGCAACUACAUUGUGGAGAAGAGCCAGACUCGGCCCAACAUCAAAGAUGAGAUUCUAGCCCAGUUGGUAUUCCACACUUGGGACGGGGAGAGAGAGGAGAGUGCCCUGCGUGGCUGGUUGCUUCUGGCCUGCUGUCUGAGUGCCUUCACACCCUCUCCUGCCCUGGAGAAACCUCUGCUCAAGUAUGUUUCAGAUCGAGGUCCAGGGGAGUACCGCUCUCUGUGCCAGCACAAGCUGCUCACUUCCCUCCAGCUUCCCUCACCUGCCUGUAGGCGGCAUCCUCCAACUCAGCUCGAGUGGACAGCCAAUCAGAGAAAAGGAAAGAUGGUGGUGGAGGUCAACACAUUCAAUGAGGAGAGGUUAACUGUGGAGGUGGAGUCCUGGUCAACAGGGGAACAACUGGCCUCCUGGCUACUUAGAUACAGGGGUCUGACCGAAGCUACACGAGGCUGGUCUUUGUCUCUGCUGGCUUGGGAAGGCUGGACCGAUUUGGCUGGCUGUGACUUUGUCAUGGAUCUCUUGGCUGAAGUGGAAGCUGAUGUACCCCUGGGUCACCCACCUGCACAACCUGAUUACCUCUUCAGUGACAUGGGGGACAGGAGGAUGACCAUAGACCUGGAUGACUUUAUACCACCUGCUCCCUCUAUGCAUGCCCCAGGGCUCCCCUCCUUUGAGGCAUCUCCAUGGGACACCUACGAAACCAUUUCCACAUCCCAAGGAUCUCGAGGACGACAGAUGGAUGCUUACGUUGAUGAUCUCUUUGACCCUGUUUUUGAUCAGGGUCCUCCGGACUUUGAACGAAUGGCCAUGCUGAAUCGUAGAAUGAGAGGAGGAGGAGGGAUGAUGCCCAGCAUGUACACUGGAGCAGGAAUGCCAUUCAAUCCUGUCAUGGCUGGCUAUGCUGCCACACCGAUGAUGCCAAAUAUGAUGCCAAAUAUGAUGCCCGCUGCUGCAGCCAUGACCAUGAUGCAACCCAUGCCACCUAUGAUGAUGCCAACGGCUAUGUCUGCCGCCCCACCAGCCAUGCCUGUGACCACACCAGCUGUCAACACGGACCAAAUGGCUGCUCAGCAGCAGGCUUUUAUCAAUCAACAGGCUUUGCUCCUGUCUCAGCAGAUGACCAUGCAGGUGAUGACACUGUCCCAGCAACAGCAGCAGGAAGAGUUGCGCAAACGUCAGAAAGAGUCUCAUAGAGAGUCACCACGGCAAUGGCGCCACUCUCCUCCACGUGCACGUGCACGCUCACCCUCACCCACGCGCUCACCCUCACCCAAACCUAAAGCCAAACCCAGCCACCACCUGCCAGAGAGAACCAGACCUCAGAGCCCCAAAAAAGCCCCUGAGCCCCCUCCAAAGGCCCGCAGCCCUGAGGCACAGCCUGAGAAAGAGGUGGAUCUUAAGGCCCCUGAAAUGCAAGGAUCCUUUCAAGAAAAGAGAAAAUUUUUUCAAAAUAUUGGGACAUCAGAGGCACGCCCAAAGCCUGCACCAAAAGUUGCUAAGCCACUGAUCUACGCCUCUCCACCAGUGUCUGAACCCAAAUCACCUCCUCAAGUCAAGACUGAAGUGAUAUCCCUCCCAGAACCUCCUAAAAUGACAGAACCUGAACCAGAAUCUCCAGAACCCACCUCUCCUAAACCAGAACCUACUAGUAACAUUAGAGAGAUUAUCAAGCGGUAUCAGAGCAGGCCCGCUCCAGAACCUAAAGCCUUUGAACCUGUCAAAGUUCCGGCCAAGCACUUUGUAAAGAAGAAUGAUCCAAAAGAAGAGGCACUGGCCAUUCUCAAAGCUCAGGGACCUGUCUCUCAGCAGAAGAAACAAUGGGAAGAGACACCUCCUCCACCCCCUCCACCCCCUGAGUCUUCCACCCGUGGCCCUCGCACCAUCUCCAACAAUAUGAGACAGAAACAGCUCUCAUUAGCCGAUCUCUUUGGCUCGCAGCGAUCGCAGCGAUCACAGGCUCUGCCUCCACGUCCAGACCCCAUCCCCUCUCCUCCUCUCAGCAUUCCUGACCCGCCACCGAUGCCUGCACCAGGAAUUAAUCAGUUCAACAGACUGGCUGAGGAGGAGAAUGUUCGCUCCCAGAUGCAUCAAUUCUCGGCCAGUGUGCAUUUUUCCUACUCCAGUAUGCCUGGCAAACUCUUCCUACGGAAGGAGCUCUUCUAUCCCAGAGAAAAAUUUAACCACCCAUACGUCCUCAAUUUACUCUGUGAGCAGAUCAUGAGAGACACUUACUCGGAUUCCUGUCUGAGGAUUUCACGUGAAGAACGAAGAAAAAUGAAAGAUCUGUUGGCGAGUUUUCACAUUGGAGCCAGCAUCAGCUCUCUAGAGGAUGAUGCAAUGAAGAAAAGAGUCAUCAUGGCGGCAAGGGACAACUGGUCCAAUUACUUUGCACGUCUCUUUAAUGUGGAGGUGGGAAAUGGAGGAGAUGCUCAGAUUCUGGGUGUGUCUCAUAGAGGACUCAGACUGCUGAAGGUGGCCAGAGCAUCAGGCAUAAACCCCAAACAUCUAAAACUGCUGCACAGCUACAGCUAUGUACAGGUGUUGUCAGUGCAGACACAAGGGGCUGGAAAGGUGGUGAUCUCUUUGAGUAAUGAGGAGUUAGAACUUCACUCCCCACAGUCCCCACAGAUUGCUGCUGUCAUUCAUCUCUUCCUCAUGGAACUGAUCAAGGACUCAGAGUAUGUGAUUGCUGUAAAGAGCUAUGUAACAGAUGACAGGAGCUUGCUAAGCUUCCAAAGAGGUGAUGUCAUCAAACUGCUGCAGAUGGAUGGACUUAAGGACGGAUGGAUGUUUGGUUCCACUGGAGGCCGCUCCGGACUCUUUCCAGUGGACGUCACUCAGCCCUGUGCCCCACCAGACUACCACAGCAGCAACCUGGAGCGCCAGCUUGAAAGGAGAAAGAGUAUGAGACUCUCUGGCUCCUCCUCCAAUAUCCCUGCUGUCCGCUCAGUGCCAGCCAGCAAGGAGUACAGUGUGGAUGGGAGGUCCAUCCAGACAUCUGAAUCAGACCGUCGGCAGUAUGCCAUGACUGAGUUUGCCAAGAAAUUCUUCACAGAGGCCAUCGCCAGACCAAAUAUGAAAGACCAUCCUAAUGGUGGGAAUGAGAUGGUGGAAUACACUCCGAAUCCCAUUCAAGAAUCCCUUAUCCUUUUCUCAGACAAAGAGCUUAAUCAUCUGGGUGCUCAGAAUUUUAUGGUUUUGAUGCAGUUUAUGUUAGAUCAGCCUCUGAAGAGAAAUCAGACAGAGGGAGACUGUGUUAAAUUCAUUCUACAGCUUGGAAAAGAGAAGGAGUUCCUCAGAGAUGAGAUCUACUGCCAAGUCGUCAAGCAGACCACCAAAAACCCAGUCAUGGAGAGCUGUACCCGUGGUUGGCGUUUGCUGAAUCUGGUGACUGGAUUCUUCCCCUGUUCUAACACUCUCUUUCCAUAUUUCACCCACCACCUGGAGACCAUCAUCCAGGACAUCAACCACCCUUUCCAGGAGCUGGCAAAUGUGUGUGAAAAGAAUCUCAGACGAUCACUUAAUUUUGGAGGACGCAGGCAUAUCCCCUCCCAUUCAGAGAUGGAGGCAAUCUUGACUGGGAGAAACUCUCGUCGACUGCCCAUCAAAUUGCCAGGUGGAAAUGAAUUUACCUGCAAGAUUCGCAGCUUUAGUGUUGCAUUUGAGGUGAUUACAGAUAUUUGUACAGAGAUGGGUGUCAUGAAUCCAGUAGAGGCGAAGGAAUUUUCUAUCCAUGCCACUAAAAAAGGGGAAAAUAUAGUGCGGCCCAUUCACUCUGAUGAGUAUCUGUUUGACUUCUUGUUGGAUGAUGGCUCGAUCUCCCUCUCCUUUCAUCGAGUUAUCUGGAAACAAGCCCUGCACUUCAACAGUGAUCUUUAUGUGGAGUUCCACUACCAGCUUCUUCUGGCUAAUUAUCUGGAAGGAAAGAUGUUGCUGCCUUCCAGCAGUUCCACAAUCUACCAGCAAGUGGCUGAGUUAACUGUUCUUCAGCACCUUGCCCUCGGACUGACCCAACCACCCUCAAACCCUGAGGUGAAACAGUACCUUCCCCGGGUGGAUCGGGUCAGUGCCAAUGACGAAAGAUUUCUUGCGACCAUACAGGCACAGUUUUCUGCCAUCGGCCCCCUGAACCAUCUUGAUGCCAAAGCUCGCUUUCUACAAAGUGUUAGUUUGCUGCCAUUCUUUGGAUCAAAUAUAUUCUCUGCUCAGAAAGUAAGCCAUCGCAGCUGCCCCUCUCCCUCCCUGAUCGCUGUCAACCAUGAAGUUAUUUUGGUCCUUGAUCCCAAAACACAGAACACAUGCUUGAAAAUGGCUCUAGAGGAUGUGCAGUCCUUGCGCUCAAUCCGUCCCAAAAAAGACAAGUUGCCAUCAAUCGAGGUGAACUUUGGCAGCCCAAACAAUCUCAAGAUUAUCAGCUUCAGUCUAAAGCAGGCGAAGGAGCUAUGCCAUACCAUUGCUGUGAUUAUGGAGGAGGUGGUAAAACCCACUGCCUACAGCAACGUAUCCAGUCGGACCGGAACCCAAAAUUAAACAACCUACAUAUGCAAAUUUAUAUUAUCAUCACAUUAUUCAAUCACCUAGGUGCUCCAAAAAUGUCUCCUGCCAUACAACAUGACAAACUUUGUAUUUUGCUAAAGAUGUAGAAAAGUUUACAUAUGAUCAUGGCUAAUGACUAAAAAAAAUUAUAAUAAUUGGUGAGAGCUAUUUAUUUAUUUAUUUUUAUUUGUUUUUAUGUUUUAAACCAAUCAAAUGUGUUUGAUUUAUUAUCAUAAUGAAUUUAUGCCACCCAAUAGGGAUGAUUUGUUAUAUUUAUAAAGUUGACCUGCUUUUGAAAUUGUAUAUGUUAUAGUUAUGUUUUAUGAUUUGCCUCUAAAAAACAAAACAAAAACAUUAAUGUUAAGAGAUGUUCAAUUAUUUAAUACAAGUGUAAAGUUUGUUCUUCUGUGUAUUUAGUCAUUCUUUAUCAA